AUGGCACAUUGUGGAGAAUGUAAAAUGGAUUUCUGCAAACCCUCUAGUUUGAGAGCUCACAUAAAAAGAAAACACCCAGAUAAAUUGGAUGAACUUGCACCAAUGAAUAGACAUCCAUCUGGUUCUGGUAAUCAUUUAUGUAGUGAAUGUGGUAAAUGCUUUGCAUCAUUUGGUAAUCUGAGGUUGCAUGUUAAGCAUAAACAUUCCGAUAAACUGGAAGAACUUGCCCCAAUAGAAAAAAAAGCUCAUAAAUGCAACCAGUGCGAUUGCGAAUUUGGUCUGUUAAAACAAUUAAUUAAACAUAGAAAUCAGCAGCAAUCGACAUCUAAUUUCAUGAAUUCUUCAAGUAGCACGCCUCACAACAAAAAUAUACAACCCCAAAGGCGUCUAUUUGCAACAAAGCAAUGUCGAAAAAAGAAGAAAACCCUAGAAAAGCCUUCAGCCAAGGAGGCAGAUGUAUUAGCGAUUCAGCUUUUAUGUAGAGAAUAGAUACUGUA